CCGAUCGCUGCUUCGUCAUACACUUCCAACCAAUGGCCGAGUGCGUGCGAGUCACAUGGCCCUCGGACCAGCAGAUUUGAAUUGUUUGUGUAGUUGUGUUUUCGUGUCGCUGUUUGAAUGCGGAACAAAAAAAGAAGAUUUGUGAGUUUUCAGAGGAACUUGAGAGAGUUGAAGUUGCCGCUGCAGGCCUGAUCCGGAGCAGUCUGUCUCCCACGGAGGAGAACCGACGGCGGGAUGGACGGUCGAGCUAACAGCGAUCUGUUCUUUCUGCCUGACGAGAAGUUUGACUUCGAUGUGUCCCUGUCACCAGCCAGCUCCAAAGGUGACGAAGAUGAGGACGAAGUGUUCGUAGGUCUGGUCAGCCAUAAGGAGAGGUGUGCCUCCGUCAACGUGGUGUCUCGGCUCGAGGACGACGGCGGUGGUGUGCGGGUGAGCUGGAGCCCGUUGACUGGGGAUCAGCUGGAGGCUGUGUGUCAGGAAGCCCACCAGCUAGCCACCCAGCUGCAGAGCGGCGUGCCAAGUCGGCUGCACGGCGAGGAGGACGAGACCACCACCGUGACCCCUGACACCACAGCCCACAGUAAAGAGUUUUUCCAGGACGCAGAGGCCAAACUGGAAGUGCUCGGUCAGACCGCCGGCGCGCUCAGCCCCAUCAAACGCCAGACCUUCUGCGUGCAGGACAGUCCCAUGAAGCAGCUGCCCCCUGCUAUCCAGCGCCAACUGCUGAGAGGAAAAAGCGCCCAUGCAGCUUCGUCCACCCGCCCCCAAGCCAACGCAGCUUCGUCCACCCGCCCCACUGCCAGACUCAGCACCUCCAGCCCCGUUGGCGGGGCCAAGGUUCAGCCCAGGAUGUCGCUGCGCGGGAAAACUGCACUGGGUGUUGGCAUCGUGCUGCCGAGCAAACCAGCAGCACCUCCAACUUCCUGUGCAGCCAGUAGAACCAGAGUGGAGAAAACUAGACUGCAACCACCGAGCAAAGUGGUGGGGGGUAGAAGGCGGAGCCCGGUCUCUCGUCCCUCCAGCAGGGCCGAGUCUUGUGAGGAUCUGCUCUCUGAUUCGACGAGCGUGGCCUCUGACGUCAGCGACUCCUCCCUCAACUCCAGCCUUCUGGGAAAACGCACGCUGGCUCCGCCCACCAAGAGUGUUGUGAGGAACCUGUCAGGUGUGAAAGCUCCACCCCUUCAGAGCAGGAGGGCGACAGACAGGAAGAACACUUCCUCGUCCUCAUCCUCGGUGUCCAGCUUCAACUCAAGUCUGUCUCUGUCCCCCGCUAAAGGUAAACUCAACUCUUCUCUGAACCGGAGUCUAAGCGGCUCCACUGGCAACGCCCCCGGCAGCAUUAACAGACCGGCCAGUCAAAGCAGAUCACGUCCAUCCACUGCCUACGCCGCCGCAGAGCCAAAGUCCUCCUCCGCCGCCGGCCGCCGCUCGCUGUCUGCCCAGGCCAGAAAGCUGUCUGAGCCAGAGCACAUCAAAGCCGUCAGGUCCACGCCGCUGAAGAGAGCUGAGGCCACGCCCCUCCAGGGGACGCCCGCCAAGAGAGUUUUGGAGAGGACCACCUCCGUCCCCCCCACCGCCACAGUCCGGCCGCAGAGCGGAUUGAAGGCCAAACCCAAACCUGAGGCCCAGGUCGUACCAACACCCAGCGGAGGAGUCGGAGGAGUCCACCACGGAGACGACGUCUCAAAGAUAUUGAAGCCAAAGAGACUGGCGUCAGUGAUCAGCAUGGACAGUCUUCCUCAGAAGCCCUCUGCUGGCCCUCAGACGCCCUCUGCUGGUGGCAGCAGGUCGCUGCAGACGAAGGCGCGUCGUCCCUCCGCCCUCCCCACCCCGGUGAGGCGCAGGAUGUCCGCCAUCCCUUCGCCCACGCCCACCAACCAGGCCCGAGCCGCCAGGCCGCCGCCCACCCCUGAUGCUGACCCCGCACGCGGCUCCGCCAGGAAAGAUAGCAGCUGCAGCUCCGCCCCUGCAGACGCACAGGAGGCGGAGCCUGUUAACGUCCCGGACAUCCAGCCCUUCUGUCUGGAGGAGGAGCAGCCCCCUGCUGCACGGCCCUGCAGCGCUCCACAGCCCGACCAGUCAGAGAGCACGGAUCCUGGAGCACCGAGGCAGGGCCCAUCGGAGCCCAUCAGAAACCUGAUCGAACUGGAGACUGAAGAGGAGAGUAACAGCAAGGCACAGGAGGUUCUCCUGUUGGAUCUUCCGGCUCCAACCCUGCAGCCUCAAGAGAAACUGCUCAUCGACCUGACCAACACCCCCGACCUGAUCCGGACCAGUAGCAAGUCCUGCACCAACACUCAGCAGCUGAUCGACCUGAGCUCUCCGCUCAUCAAGUGGAGUCCAGAAGAUAAGAGGGAGAACAACGCUCCGCUCAUCAACCUGUCCUUCUGAUCCAGAUCCUCCUGAGGACCUGGACUUGGCAGGUUUCCUGCCUCAGAAAUUCUAAUAAUAAUCCAGUUGACGACAAGGUUUUUAUCAGUGAAGUCUUUACCGAAUCUGAGUAUUGUGUUUUAAAUUAUGAAAAUAUUCAGAUGAUGCUGAAGUAUUUCUGCACCUGAUUUGUACUUUUCAUUGUCUCCAUCUCGCUGCUCUUAUUAAUGUCUGAAUAAAUGAUAACGUUACUACUGUAAACGGUGA